GGGCGCAGUGAUCUGUUGUGCACUUUGUCCCUGGGACACAGCGGAUCACCGAUCAGAGUACAGAACCGGCUGACAGCACGUGAGAGCCUGUAAUCGGCAUUCCUCAGAGGGGACAUCUACACUGAUCAGUGUAGCCCUAUCAGUGCCACCUAUCAGUGCCCAUCAAUGCAACAUAUCUAUGCACAUUAAUGCCACAUCAGUGCCUACCAGUGCACAACAAUGCCACAUAUCCAAACUGUCUUUCCAUGUCGCCUAUCAGUGCCAGUCAGUGCUGCCUUUCAGUGCCCACAAGUGAUGCCUGUCAAUGCCACCUAUCAGUGCAGCCUAUCAGUGCCCAUCAC